GCACCCUCUAAUUCGCAGACUAAUUUCUCACAAAUCUUCACAUACUGACGCACUAUCUCUCUUAAAUCGUUUUCAUUGUAUUUUUAACUCGUAUCAAUGGCGCGUACGAAGCAGACUGCAAGGAAGUCCACCGGAGGAAAGGCCCCAAGGAAGCAGCUGGCCACCAAGGCGGCGAGGAAAUCAGCUCCGGCAACCGGAGGAGUGAAGAAGCCCCAUCGCUUCCGUCCAGGAACGGUGGCUUUGAGAGAGAUCAGGAAGUACCAGAAGAGUACCGAGCUGUUGAUCCGGAAGCUUCCAUUUCAGAGGCUUGUGAGGGAAAUCGCUCAGGAUUUCAAGACUGAUUUGAGGUUCCAGAGCAGUGCUGUGGCGGCGUUGCAGGAGGCUGCCGAGGCUUACCUUGUUGGACUGUUCGAGGAUACAAAUCUGUGCGCCAUUCAUGCCAAGAGAGUCACUAUUAUGCCCAAGGAUAUCCAGCUUGCUAGGAGAAUUAGGGGUGAGAGGGCUUAAAAUUAUACUAGAUAAUUUAGAAAUUCUGAUGUUUUCAUCAGGACUUCUUGUUAGUGUGUGUCUGGGAGUGUAGGGUUAGGGUUUUUGGGGGGCGAUUAUGUAAAUCGAUAGGGUAUCGUUGGAGGAUUGUGUAAUGGUGGUGUGUUAGUUUUACGAAUUUCAAUCAAAUGGAAGUUUAAUUUUCCUCUCUA